AUGGAUUCAGAAUUUGGAAGAGCUUUUUUGUUUUUAACAAAUUUAGCAUGGAAAUGUAGAAUUACUUUACCAGUAUUGGUAACAGCUGUUUUUAUGGUAAUGGAUAUACGUUUGCAAAUUGAAAUCAACAUUCAGGCAGGUCACUUGGCUGCAGAUGCUAAUGGAAUAGAGGAAGAGUCAAAUGCUAGUGAUGAUAGUUGGGAAACACUUGAUUCAGGAGAUGAAGACGAAGAAGAUUAUGAAGACGAUGGCGACACUGACGAAGACACCCGAAAUGAGGAUUUAAAAGGCACCAACAAUGCAAGCAUAUCUGCCUAAAUUAAUUUGGUUUAAUUGUCUAAAUUUGAAUAUAUAUAUAUACAUUUAACUUUUUUGUUCAACUUGUAAUGUACAUAUGUAUAUGAAAAUAGUUUUGUUUUAUUAAAAGUUAAUUUAAAUCAUUACCCAAA